ACCUAUUCACAGACCUCGCCUCUCCCAAUCGUCUCUCUAUAUCCAUCUCCUUUCGACUCGCAAUUCCCCUAUUGCUUACAGAUCCACGAUCUUCGUCGCCAAUCAGACGUGGAUAGCUGGUUAGAAUUGUAGAACUUUAGUUUCURGCGCACUCGUUCAGACAACUAUAUAGUGUAUGCGAAYCUGCAGGUGUAUGCCUGGUUCCGGUUAGAGCGUAAUUCUAAUUUGGAUUGGGRACCUAUUGUUAGGUAUACUGCGAACUAAAUCGAAGGAACUAUGUUUGGUUCUAGCAACCCUUUUGGGCAGUCAUCUAAUAGUCCAUUUGGGUCCCCRUCAGUUUUUGGGCAGGCAAGUAAUGCAAAUAACAAUCCAUUUGCUCCAAAACCAUUUGGUAGCACGUCUCCCUUUGGUUCACAAACAGGGGGUUCCAUUUUUGGCGGCACUUCUACUGGUGUGUUUGGUACCCAAGGAUCCUCAUCRAUAGGUUCCUCACCAGUUKUUGGUGCUUCAUCAGCACCUGCUUUUGGAAGUUCAAUGCCUUCUUUUGGAGCUUCAUCAUCCCCAGCCUUUGGGGCUUCAUCRUCUUCUUUUGGCGGUUCAUCCGUGUUCGGCCAGAAACCUGCAUUUGGUGGAUUUGGAUCCAAUACACAGUCAAGUCCUUUUGGAAGCUCAUUUCAGCAAUCACAACCUGCUUUUGGUAGCAGUCUAUUUGGCUCGUCGCCUUUUGGAGCUUCAAGUCAACCUGCAUUUGGUGCUCCCUACUCACCGAUAUUUGGAUCCUCAAGCACCCCUGCCUUUGGUGCCACAAGCACUCCUGCCUUUGGUGCUACAAGCACUCCAGCAUUUGGUGCAACAAGCACUCCAGCUUUUGGCUGUACAUCAACCCCAGCAUUUGGUAACACGGGCUCUGCAUUUGGUGUUUCUAGCUCCCCUGUUUUUGGAUCGAGCACUCCAGCUUUUGGUGCUUCGAGCACUCCAGCAUUUGGUGCUUCGAGUACCCCUGCAUUUGGUGCCUCAAGUACUCCAGCAUUUGGAUCCUCACCUACUCCUGCUUUUGGUGCUACUAGCUCUCCUUUCAGUUUUGGGUCAAGUCCAGCAUUUGGUCARUCAACAUCCGCAUUUGGCAGCACCCCAUUUGGUACUGCUACCUCACCCUUUGGGGCUCAAAGUUCUCCGAUAAAGGUAAUAAUCAUUGUCAUCACUCUUGGCACCUUGUCCUAUUGGUUUUCUUUGAUAAAUAGUAUAUUCUUUUGUUUGUCUGUUUCAGGGGGCCCAAAUCCUGCUGGUCAGUCUUCKGGUGGAAUGGGUUUUAWUACCAACAACACACAGUCAAACCCUUUUUCAUCGUCGCCUGCAUUCAGCCAGUUAUCUGCAAAUCCAUUUUCUUCUUCUACAUCUUCCAACCCAUUUGCCMAAAAGACCCCAACUUUCGGUACUCCAGGGUUUGGGAGCACAACUCCUUCACUUGGUUCUUCGCCUUUUGGUGCUUCAGCAUCUAAUCCUUUUGGGUCAAGUCCWUCACCCACGCCAUCGGUAUUUGGUUCCACUCCUGGUUUUGGAGCUACUACUUMUGCUUCUCUUUUUGGUACACCCAGUUCAUCAACAUCUAUUUUUGGUACGACUCAAGCACAGGGAGCAACUSCAUCGUUUGCUACUGGCCUAAACUUUGGCAACACUCAAUCAUCCACCUUGUUCCAGUCGAGCACGCCCUCUCUUGGACAAACAAGUUCUCCCUUUGGGCAAACUGCCUCGGCCUUUGGGCAGGCUGCCCCAGCAUUUGGGCAGAGUACUCCAGCYUUUGGCCAAUCAAAUGCAUUUGGAGGGAACUUGUUUUCAAGUACCCCAUCAUUACUAAGCACGAGCAGCAUGGGAUUCAAUCAGACAACUCCUUCUCUUUCAAUGCCUUUUCAAUCGGCUCAACCAACUCAGAAUCCAGGUGGUUUUGGCUUUGCAGCACCAGCAGCAGGUGGCAUUGGUGGCACGCCAAGCAUUUUUGGUCAGAGUAAUUUUGGACAAAUGUCUGCCAAUCAGAGCCCGACACUUGCACUACCACAGUCCAUUACGAAUCCUUUUGGUACUCUACCAGCAAUGCCUCAGAUGUCAAUUGGUCGUGCUGGGACUGCACCUUCAAUUCAAUAUGGAAUUUCUAGCUUGCCAGUUGUUGACAAACCUGCUCCGAUAAGGAUAUCAUUUGUGUUGACUUCUCGACAUCUUUCUCAAAGGAGGAUUAGGUUGCCUGCAAGGAAAAAUCACCCGAAAAAUUAUGGUCCAAAGGUCUCMUUUUUCAGUGAUGAGGAAGAGACUACCAGCACACCCAAGGCAGAUGCUCUUUUCAUUCCUAGGGAGAAUCUACGGGCAUUGGUAACGGAGUUGAGAGAGAAGUUGGCAACGGUAGAAGAGGAACUGAAGACCGAACAGAAGAAUAGGGCAGAUUUGGAGGCUGAACAGGCCAGACAAGCUGCUGCAUUAGCCCAACAGGCCGCAUUAUCUGAGCAUUUUGCUACGUUUAUGCGGCUGUCAGGAUACGUUUUCCCACCUCCCACACCUCCCGAUAGUUAGAUUGUAUGUAUUUGAAGAUUAAAUUGUAUGAAUUGAAUAUUUUAAAUUG